UUUAGGAAGUCCUGUUAAAAGACCAUUACAGUAAUCCAGUCUACUGGAGAUGAAUGCAUGGAUGAGUUUCUCCUGGUCUUGAUAACAAGCCAUCCUCAGCCAAAAGUUUUUCUUUAAAAUUUAUAGCAUUUGGAGCAAGUACAUACAUAAAUACAUAUGUCAAAAUGCUCAGUGAUGAUUUACUGAGGUAAAUAAAUCAGUUUUUGCUUCAGCCAUUAAAUGUAAGCUUGUGAAGUGGUUUCUUUUACCUGUUACAACCACCAUGCAUGCAGGUAUAAAUCAUGCUAAAAAUGACAUUACUUUAAAGAAAAUUCUUAUAUCUGUGCAUGAUGAUUUUACCAUAAUAAAAAAAAUAAUAUUAAAAUCAUUAAAUGAUUCUAAGAAACUCUGACACUGUCGUUCCUGGAUAUCAUCCUGGCCUCUGGCACUGUUGGCCACAUUCCAUCAGCCGGCCUUGGAUGAAGCUUUGGAAACUUCGUAACGUCACUACAUGCAAAAUGUGGCAGCAGCAGAGGGAAUGGGAGAGAGAUGUAACUUAGUGACAGGCAUCAGGCUUUGAAUAGCUGGAAACGUACAGAGAGAAGACACAGCACAUGUUCUCAUGGAACAGAAUCACCAUCUUCGCUCCACAUGGGACAAAAAUAUGGACACUGCAGAUGAAAUCCACAUGAACAGGAUGGAGAUGGAGACAGGGGACACUGAUCCAUGCACCAGAUUGUCAGAUGAGACACAUCAACAUCUGUCAAUUAGUGAAAAGCCAUCCAACAGCUUUACAUGGGGCAGACGCAGAUUCAGACCUAAACUUCAAACAACAAAAAGCUUCCCCCCCUACAGUCAGUCUUUUGGAGGACUAGGAGAGGAUGGAGAGUUAAACUCAGACUCAGUCAUCACUUGCCAGGCAAAUGUGAAGGAAGAUGUGUGCGAAGAAACUCAAGGCACAGAGAAAAAAGCACAUUUGACUGCAAGGUGUUCAAAGGAAAUAAUGAAGGCUAAAUGGAGGUCCAGGAGAAAGGAGAGGUUGUGGGGUAGCUUUGAAGUUGGCACAGACAGCUGUGACAGAGGACGAUGGAGUGGGAAGAGAGGGGUGGAGGAGAGUGGAAAAGAAAAGGAGCAUGGUGUUAAGGUGAGGGAAGGGGAAGCAAACAGUGAGGGGAAAUGCUGGAGAGGGGAAAGCUCCAGUUAUGAGAAAGGAGCAGAUGAAGACGACAGGAAGAAGGCUCCUACUUCAGCAGUACAGGGGGAGAACAGCAGCAGUAUGGAGACCACCAAGGGGAAGGAUGAGGAGGCUGAUGGAAUGAUGGAGGGCUUGACAUAUCGGCAUCCAAACCUCUCCAGACUCGUCCACUCCUCCACCUCCUCCUGCUCCUCUGUCAGCUUCUCCUCAGCAGAGAGUGAUGAAGUUUUCAGUGAAGGAGAAGAUGCAGCGUCAAAGAGAAAGAGCUUCAGGAAGAGUUGCUCCUGGAAAACAUACCUAACUAUGAUGCACUGGUCACUUCGGCGGCAGAGUUCCUGGGUCCAGCUGGCUGGACAUCAAGGUAAUUUCCAGAUGAGUAAAGUGGGUGAGGUGCUGAAACUGUACAGUGAACCAGAGGCAAAAUGCCUGGACCGCCUGAUGAGGGACCCGCUGAAACCAUUUGUCCCGCAGUACCACGGUUUGGUCAACAGAGGGGAGCACUGUUACAUCCGCCUGGAGGACCUGCUGAGUGGCUUGAGGAGGCCUGUUAUCAUGGACUGCAAGAUGGGCGUCAGGACAUACCAGGAGGAGGAACUGACUAAAGCCCGUACCAAAGGCACUGUGAGGAGCGACAUGUACCAGAAGAUGGUAAAAAUCGACCCUUCAGCGCCCUCAGCACAGGAACACAUACAGAAAGGGGUGACCAAGUGGCGCUACCUUCAGUGGAAGGAUGCAACCAGUUCUACAUCCACACUGGGCUUCAGGAUAGAGGGCAUUAUGAUGGAGGAUGGCAAUGUCCAGCGGGAUUUCGGAAAAAUCCAGACUCUGCCUCAGGUCACAGAGGCAUUACUGCACUUCACCAGGAGUCAUAUAGACACUCUGAAAGCGUACCACUCCAGGCUCCUGGCCCUGAGAGAUGCACUCAAGCAUUCACAAUUUUUCAGAACCCAUGAGGUGAUUGGCAGCUCGCUUCUUUUUGUCCAUGAUCACAGCAAGGCCAGCGUGUGGAUGAUAGACUUUGGAAAAACAACACCGCUGUCUGAAAUGAAGGAGCUCCAACACAGCAUCCCGUGGACUGAGGGGAGCAGGGAGGAUGGUUACCUAAUUGGCCUGAUCUCCCUUAUCACUGCUCUGAGUCAGGCCAUUGAUGUAGCCUCUGGGCAGCAGGAGGACAGCUGUCAGGACAUGGAAGACAAUAUGGCUGCUUUAAUGCUUUGAACUGCUGAGAAAACAGAAGAUUAAAUUAUUUCUCAGAGUCUUCAGAAGCUGGGAAAGACAAAGGCUGGGCUUGAGUGAAACUCUAUCCAAAGAAAAAUGUGAAGUACUUUCUUGCUUGUUGUAUAUCUGGUAUGUACAUCAUCAGGCAGUCAAAACAUUUUUGUUACAAAGGCUCUAGACAAUAUUUUUUCUAUUUUUAAAUUGUAUCACUCACAAAACAGAAGAAAGAAAAUCAGCUGGUGUACUGUUUAUAUUUCACAAAGGCUCUGUUUUGUUGGGGUUGCUUCACUUGUGUUAAAACAUAUAUCAAGCUUACAACAUCAGAUAGACUGCAUGUUGUUAUAAAAAAAACUUUCAAACACGCACAUACGGUUGAGCAGUCUCAUGUUCUGCCUAUUAUAAGUCAGUAUGUAUUAAAAUAUUAAACAUGCAGGAAAACAAUAUAAAGGUGAAGAAAAACUGGUAAAAUUAUGUUAUGGUAUUAUUAUUUUUUUAAUAAUUUGCAUAUGAUGCAGCUGGAUUUUUUAAAAGGCUUUUCAUAUUAGGUGGUGCAAGCUAUCUGAAACAAAGAAUUUAGUAAUGAAGGUCCAAGACUGUUAAGCAGCUAGAAUCCUGCAUCAGACAAGAGAUGUUUACAGGCAGUUGUUAAAGGAAGAAAUGCUACACUAUGGUAAACAUUACCAUUUCCAACUUAUUUGGGAUGUGUCGCUGCCAUCAAAUUCAAAAUGGGCUAAUGUUUUCCAAGAAAUGGUCAAAUGUCUUAGUUUCAAUAUGUAAUUUGGUGUUUAUGUUCUAUUGGGAAUGAAAAAUGGGUUUUUGCGAUUUGCAAAUCAUUGCAUUUUGUAAUAGAAAAAAGAAAAGUGCCUUGGGUGUAAAAGAUGGUAUU